GUGAAAACACAAACAAUACGACUUAUAAAGCCGAGUUUAUAGCACGUCAGUUCUAGAUUUUUAUUGCUUAAUCAUCUAAUUUAAGAGGAAGAAAAGAAUAAUUAUUUCAGCAACAUAAUAUCAUCCGACCGGCCCGAUUCUUUGUUGUGGUGUACGUAUUUUUUACUGUGCUAGAGACGUAUACAAACAUGAAAGGCGUAGCCUGCGUGUUGCUAGCUGUUGUGGUAGCAGUGAGCUCUGUUAGCUUCUUUGACCUUGUGCGUGAGGAGUGGAAUGCCUUCAAGCUGGAGCAUAAGAAGGAGUAUGAUAGUGAAGUUGAAGACAAGUUCCGAAUGAAGAUCUUUGCAGAGAACAAACACAAAGUAGCCAAACACAAUGCACGCUUUGAACGUGGUCAGGUGACCUACCGCCUCAAGCCGAAUAAAUACUCUGAUAUGCUGCACCAUGAAUUUGUCCACACCAUGAAUGGCUACAACAGAACACUCAAGCACAACAAGGGUCUUUACGGAAAGGGGCGUGAUGUUCGCGGCGCGCGCUUCAUUGCCCCGGCUAACGUUCAGCUGCCUGAACAAGUGGACUGGCGUCACAAGGGAGCUGUUACAGAUGUCAAAGACCAGGGCAAGUGCGGUUCUUGCUGGUCUUUCAGCACCACUGGCGCGCUAGAAGGACAACACUUCCGACAGAGCGGAUAUCUGGUAUCUUUAUCCGAGCAGAACUUGAUCGACUGUUCAGCGUCAUACGGCAAUAAUGGUUGUAACGGAGGACUCAUGGACAACGCGUUUAAGUAUAUCAAGGAUAACGGUGGCAUCGACACCGAGCGGACUUACCCCUACGAAGCUGUGGAUGACAAGUGCCGCUACAACCCUAAGAACUCCGGCGCUGAUGAUGUAGGCUUUGUUGACGUGCCAGCCGGUGAUGAAGAAAAGCUAAAGGCGGCUGUAGCCACCAUAGGACCCGUGUCCGUGGCUAUCGAUGCCUCACAGGAAUCUUUCCAGAUGUACGCCGACGGUGUCUACUACGACGAGAACUGCUCCUCUGAGAACCUCGACCAUGGGGUGCUCGUGGUGGGAUACGGCACAGACGAGCAAGGUGGCGAUUAUUGGCUUGUGAAGAACUCUUGGGGCCGCACCUGGGGAGAACUCGGCUACAUCAAAAUGGCGCGAAACCGCGACAACCACUGCGGCAUCGCUUCCGCCGCCUCAUACCCUCUUGUUUAAUUUUAUGCACUAUGCAGUACUUCGAGAUUAGCUGUAGUGAAUAGUGUUAUUCGAAAUCUACUUGAAUCCAGGAGUAUUGUAUUUGUGUUAAGUUGCAAAAAAUACUUUUUAUUACUGUGUGAUAAUUGCAUUCUAUAUUAGUAUGUAAGAUAAUUGUAAAUUUUAAGGUAAAAAAAUGAGAUUCUCUCUAAUUAUUAGGUUACAAUAUUAUUAGAAUGUAAGACAAUAACUGUUUAGCUCUCAACACGUAUGAUAAUUUAAGUCUUAAUAAAAUAAUGUUUUGAUA